AAAUUAGUAUUGGGAAAAUCAAUUGAAACUGGAGAAUGUUGUUUAUGCUUCAAAAGUUGCUUAAGGAAUAGGGUUUUGCCCAGUGCAUGACGCUUGAUUUGAGUGACUUUACCAAGAUGGGGACCAUACACCGCAGUGGAGCCUUUAAAAAAUCAAAUGACACUAUCAGACUUGUAAUUACAACUUUAACUGGAAUGAUCUUUGGAUAUUUUAUUGGAAUUUCUUUUCCAUCUGUUUCCCUUAAUAAGAUUAAUUUACAUUCAAGCAUUGUAUCAUCUCUUGAUGUAGCCUUGAACAAUGAUCAUUCUAGAUCCAUUUGUAACCACAUACCUAAAACUCGUGUUUCCACUGACAAAGCACCACCUAAGAUAUAUGUUCCAACAAAUCCUCGAGGUGCAGAAUCCUUACCUCCAGCAAUUGUAGUCUCUCAGUCUGAUUUUUAUUUGCGAAGAUUAUGGGGUGAACCCAGUGAGGUUUUGGUUAUUUUUUAA